AUGCCCACCCAGCCAUAUAACAACAUGAUGCGCCGCACAUCGUCGCCGGUGACACCCAUCGACCCGAGAGUGGAGAUGUUCCAGAGGGGACUGUCGCAAGAUGCAUUCUUCAACAUGAAGGCGCUGGCGCCACGGCCCAUGUCAGAGGCCACCGAGUUCGACACAGACUUCGAAGACGACAUGAGUGAAAUUGAAAUUGAAGACAUCUCGCCUCGGCAUAGCGUGAACUCGGGCAGUAGAAGGAGUGAGAGAACGCUAUCCUCGUUCGAAGAGGUACACACACCGAGUCCGAACUCGGAGGAGUUCAACUAUUACCACUUCGACAUGACGACGACGAAGAAGGCAGUUGAGGGACCCCGAGGACCGCAUCUUUUCCGAGCAUCUGUCAACUCGUCCUUGCAAGAAGAGGAGGAGGUGUACCUCGCCAUGUCCCCCAUGACACCGCGGCCCUCAAAGUUUCAGAAAGCGCCAAUGGAUACGUCGAGGGUUCCCGAGAUACCGACACGGCACCACCGCCAUCCCAGUUCGCUGACGGACGCUGUAGAGAAUCUGAACUUGAACGAGGUUGCGUUGUGGACACCUCUGCAGGUCGCAAGAUGGAUGUACGAUGCGGGCUUCGAGCCCUCGAUAGUCGAGAAGUUUGAGGAGAACGAUAUUUCAGGGGCAAUCUUGACCACCUUGAAGUUUGAGGACCUCCGAGAGCUUGACAUUCCAUCCUUUGGGCAACGGACCAAGGUCUGGAACGAGAUACAUGUGCUCCGGGGUAGCGUGCCGGACACACCGAAACCACCAACGCCCAUCGAUGAAACAAUUUCGCCUGUGGAGUUCCAGCCAUCGGCAUUUCAACGACCGGCCAGACACACGUCGAGGAGGGAGAACGGAGCAUGCGGAUUGGAAGAGGAGCCGAAGCGUCGCAAGAGUUCUCGAAGACGACACCGAGCACGAGGACCCGCAGACAUCAUCUCGCCCCUCGAAUCGGUUUCUAUAGUCGGCAUUGAGCAACUCAUGCCCAAGCCUCACAAGUGCGCCAAAGGCGAGAACUGCUCGAAAUGGAAGAAGCAACAGCGACUCAUUGAGAAUUUCAAGAGGGAUCACCCGGUAAGCCCCACCGGUGGCUCUAUCUGGAUCGCUGGCGAUCCUGGGAAUCCACUCACAGCCAGCGCCGUCGCAGAGGCCAUCCGUCCGGUCUCUGACGCCGUCCCCUCCGUCGUUGCGUCGUCUGAUGUUCUUGGCCCUUCCAGACCAGCUUUCCGCCAGUUGGAGGAGGCAAGCCUCCGUAACGUCCAGUUACGCGACCCUCAGGAGAACGUCAAGCAGUUCCUCCAAUUCCAGCAUGUCGACCACAACCAAGUGCAGUGGUCGUCAGAAGAGCCUCCGUCCCCUCCCUACGAGAUGUUCCCAACGCUCCCAACUCCAAACCAGAAGCUCCACAGCCUUCCCAGACUCGCCAUCCCACCUCCUCGGCGGCCACAGCCACCACGGUCAGCAAGUGCCAAUGCCUUCUCCCCAUACCGUAUGGAGCGUGUUGAAGCGAUGUCUCCUGAGCUCCGCAACGCAACCCAAUCCCCAGCAACAGCAGUCCACCGCUUUGGCACCCCCUUCUCCGAGAUGGACAUCCCAGUAACAGCUGUCCCUCUCGGGCCCGUUGCACGAGACGCUUCCCAAUCCGUACCACCCAACAUGUCCUACCGACACUCGCCGGCACCCAUCCCAAACCCCCACCCCAACUUCGCCCCGGCUCCCCUCUCACGCACUCUCUCUCGCGUUUCCGCCCGCCGGCCUUCCUUCGCCAUGCCCCGCGUCGACGAGAAUUCGAACCUCUCCACCGCACCACCCACGCAAACGAAGUUCCACGCGCACCAGACCCAGAUCCAGACGCAGCCGCCGCACCAGCCCGGCCGGCAGCACACCAAGUCGUACCCCUGGUCUCCCGUCGACAAGCCUGCACCGCAGCCCACCACCGCCACCGACGACAUCUCCGCCCAGGGCUGGAUGAAGAAGCGCAAGACCAAGAUGCUGCGCCACGAGUGGCACGAGCACCACUUCACGCUCAAAGGCACGCGCCUGACCAUGCACAAGGACGCCAACGCCAUGGAGGCCCUGGAGUACAUCGACGUGGACGACUACGCCAUCGCGUGCUCCUCGCUCGCGUCGGGAUCGAAGCUCAACGCCGCCUUCAAGGCGAUGAGCAUCUCGCGCGGCAGCAGCAGCAACAGCAAGGAGAAGAGGGACGAGUCGGCCUUUGCGUUCCAGCUGAUCCCGGCGGCCAUCGACAAGGGCCUGCGUCUGCGCAAGCGGGAGAGCGCGAUGCUGACCCACGGACCGGGCGAGGGCAAGGACAAGGACGCCGCCGCCGCGAAGAACAAGACGCACUAUUUUGCGGUCAAGAGCCGAGACGAGCGGAUCGAUUGGAUGAGGGAGCUGAUGCUUGCCAAGGCCCUGAAGCAGAAGAGCGAAGGCUACGAGGUUAAUGUCAAUGGCAACGUGAUCUGA